UUCUUCUCAGCACAGGGCUCACCAUUGCUCUACAACUCAGGAGAGCAACGGCGAGCCCACCUUGAGGAGAGGAUGGUCCUAAACAAAGCUCUGGUUUUGGUAGCGCUGGCCCUGACCACCAUGACUGGCACCUGUGGCGGUGAAGACAUUGUCGCUGACCACAUUGCCUCCUAUGGCACAAACGUCUACCAGUCUUAUGGUUCCUCUGGCCAGUACAGCCAUGAAUUUGAUGGAGACGAGGAGUUCUACGUGGACCUGGAGAAGAAGGAGACUGUCUGGCAGUUGCCUGAGUUUAGCACAUUUAGAACUUUUGACCCACAGGGUGCACUGAGAAACAUAGCUGUACUAAAACACAACUUGGAAAUCGUGAUUAAACGUUCCAACUCUACUGCUGCUACCAACGAAGUUCCUGAAGUGACUGUAUUCCCCAAAUUUUCUGUGACACUGGGCCAGCCCAACCUCCUCAUCUGUCUUGUGGACAACAUCUUUCCUCCCGUGGUCAACAUCACAUGGUUGCGCAAUGGGCACUCAGUCACAGAAGGUGUUUCCGAAACCAGCUUCCUCUCUAAGAGUGAUCAUGCCUUCCUCAAGAUCAGUCAUCUAACCUUCCUCCCUUCUGCUGAUGAUAUUUAUGACUGCAAGGUGGAGCACUGGGGCCUGAAAGAGCCACUUCUGAAGCACUGGGAACCUGAGAUCCCAACCCCUAUGUCGGAGCUGACAGAGACUGUGGUCUGUGCCCUGGGUUUGGCUGUGGGCCUCGUGGGCAUCGUGGUGGGCACUGUCCUCAUCAUCCGAGGCCUGCGCUCAGGACGUGCCUCCAGACACCAAGGGGCCUUGUGAGUCGUGCCCUAGAAGAGGGCAAGGUACGUUGUCCAUCUACAACAGAAGAAGAGUGGACUUGCCAGAUGACCUAGCACUCCUUUCUGACCCAGUUCAUCAUUUUCCUUCCUUCCUCCAAAUGUUCCUCCUCUCACCUCCUCCCCAGGACUUAAGGUGCUGUAUCCCCUCAGGACUCCUCUGCGCUCUCCCCCAACCUCCUCAUUUUUUUUUCUCGCUUGUUACCUAUGGUGGAGAUCUCUGGUUAUUACACCCAGCUAUCUAAUCCCUCAGUAUUCUUGAUCCAAUAUCCCAUGGAGGCAAUAAAUCUCCCUUUGUGAGGUCUUUUAUUGAA